CGAGAAUUUGCCCAGCACUGACAUAGCAGUCAGGUAUUCCUGCAAAAAGAGAUCUACAGCCAGAGGACUGAAAUAUUACACCAAGUACCUCUUUUAAACCAUGAAUGGAAGCAGCAACAUAUCUAAUGUGACAACAUCCAUCUCUGGACAAUGCCACCGAGACACCAGACUGGCCCAUGUUGUCUUUCCGCUCUUGUACAGUCUUCUUUUCCUUGCUGGAUUUCUACUGAACAGUUUGGCUGUAUUCGCUUUUUUCCAGAUUCCAACCACAUCCAGUUUCAUCGUGUAUCUUAAAAACAUAUUGCUUUCUGAUUUCAUAAUGACACUGAUGCUGCCCUUCAAGAUUUUUACUGAUUCAGAGCUGGGACUGUGGCAACUUAAAGCUUUUGUUUGCCGAUUUUCAGCAGUGGUAUUUUAUGAGACUAUGUACAUCAGCAUUGUGCUGCUCGGACUUAUUUCUUUAGACAGGUUUCUCAAGAUCAUGUGGCCAUUUGGGAAAUUUUGGUUGCAAAAUAUCACUUCAGCAAAAGUUCUUUCAGGUUGUGUCUGGUUGUUCUUCUUUUGUCUGUCCUUGCCAAAUAUGAUUUUGUCAAACCGUGAGGCAACACCUGUAUCUGUAAGGAAGUGUGCUUCACUGAAGAAUCACUUGGGACUGAAAUGGCAUGAAGCUGUCAACUACAUAUGCCAGAUUGUCUUCUGGACGGUGUUGAUCUUAAUGUUCCUGUUUUAUGUUGUUAUUGCUAAAAAGAUAUAUAGCUCUUAUGUAAACACUCAGACAACGGAGUGUAAAAUUAAGCAAAGAGCCAAGAGUAAGGUAUUUAUAAUUGUAGCUGUUUUUUUCAUCUGCUUUGCCCCUUUUCAUUUUGCCAGAGUACCAUACACUCUCAGCCAAACUGGCAAAAGUAUGGACUGCCGCAUAAAGAACCAUUUAUUUAUUGCUAAAGAAACUACCCUUUGGUUAGCAACAGCAAAUAUAUGUAUGGAUCCCCUGAUAUAUAUAUUCUUGUGCAGGAAAUUUGUAGAAAAGGCUUUCUGUGUUAAAUUACAACUAUCUAGCCGCACAACUCAAGAAAAUCUAACUAUUGCACUGGACACUGGGAUAUCUACAUAGACUGGUUGAUAAUUUUCUUUUCUGAAAUUUCUGAAAAAUACCAUUUGUCAAAUAAAAACAUGCUUUAAUUUCAAGAGGCCUUUGAUGCAAUUCCAUUCUUAAUUGUUAAAAGGUGUCUGUACUAAGGAAUGAUGUAACUGAACUAGGUACUUAAUCUUCCCCAUGCAUUUAACCGAUAAUCCUCUUCUGUGAAGACACAGAUACCUGAAUACUAAAUUGCUGACUAGAGUAGACAUUCCAUUUAUGAGAUAAACAUGUUUUUCAAAAACGUCAGCCAAGAGAGUACAUCACCAGCUUCGCUUAAAAGAUGGCUACAAAACAGCCUUAUCAGCUAGUCCAAAAGGUAGCCUAGUGUGAUCUAUUUUAAAGAUGUUUUAGUUUUAUUUAUGAUAAUUUCAAUCUGUUGAUAUGGUUUUUAGGUUUGAGUUGUUGUUUUUGAUCGUAAACCACCCCGCAAUUUUAUAUAAGUCAAUAUAUAAAUGCAAUAAAUAAAUAAAUAUUGUAUGCCA